CACGCCCACUGAAACAGCUGCUUCUGCCCGCUCUGUAGUGCUUUUAAUCGUGCGUAAAUCAUUGAGUUCGUUUGUUUUUCUAUAUUUUGCAGCGUACCAAGAGGUGCCAAGCGAAUUUAGCCGAAAUAUUCGUACCAGAAAUCACUGACGAAGCUCUGAUUUCUUUGAACGAAUAGAAAACGUCUUGCAGUUCUCCAGUCGAGUUGUCAUGGCCCAUAAAAAAUUAGACGAUUACACGGAGGAUGAUUUGAGACAGGAUCAGCCCAUCACCAGCCUGAAAAUCCUGGUCAUCGGUGAGAGCAACGUCGGAAAAUCCAGCCUUAUGAACCGUUUCAUCGAUGACACCUUUGACCCGAACAUGGCCAACACGAUCGGCGUAGACUACCGCAGUCGAGUGGUCAAUGUCGACGGACAAACCGUGCAGUUAGGCAUAUGGGACACGGCCGGGCAGGAGCGGUUUCGCACACUGACGCCAACGUACUACCGCAACGCGCAAGGGGCCGUCAUCGUGUACGACGUGACUAGGAGACAGACCUUUGAGAGGGUGGAGCAGUGGCUGCAGGAGCUCGACGCCUACGUCAACCGGACAGACGUGGUCAAAAUGAUCGUGGGAAACAAAACUGAUCUUAAAAACCGAGAGGUGAGCCGUGAGGAGGGACAGCAGCUCGCCAGACGACAUUCAACGCUCUUCAUCGAGGCCAGCGCCCUUGAAAACGAUAAUGUUCAAGUCUGCUUUGAAGAUCUUGUCUACCAUAUUUUGCAAACGCCUGGUUUGUGGGAAGCGCGAGUGCAGCCGGGCCGCAUCCAGCUGGGAGAUAACAAUCCGUCGCUAUCCGAAAUGACGUGGAACUGCAUCAGCCCGAACUGCAGCCUGCUGUAAGCGAGACAGACUAUCUGAGAGAGCAACCAAGUUACCCUCAAAUCACGUGCUUACGAACUGUGUUUUAAAAAGUAAAUUUCGGGGGAUGUGAUAUAUUAAA